AUGUCAGUGGCCCCAAGGAACGAUAACGUUCAAAUACGAGAGGUUUGGGAUGACAAUCUGAUACAAGAAUUUGCUCUUAUCCGCGAGAUUGUGGACGACUUCCCCUUCGUCGCCAUGGACACGGAGUUCCCGGGGGUCGUUUGCCGGCCGGUAGGAAACUUCAAGUCGUCAUUCGACUAUCAAUAUGCGAUGCUAAAGGCUAACGUCGAUAUGUUGAAGCUGAUCCAGCUCGGCCUCACGUUCGCCGACGAGCGCGGAAACCUCCCCACCUGCAAUACCGGCUACGGCUGCGUCUGGCAGUUCAAUUUCCGGGAGUUCGACGACGAGCGCGACAUUUGCGCUUCCGAUUCCAUUGAGCUCCUCCGCCAGUGUGGAAUCAACUUCAAGAAGAACAGAGAGCACGGCGUCGACGCCCUUCGUUUCGGUGAGCUCUUCAUGUCCUCCGGCAUUGUUCUCAACGAGGAUGUGCAUUGGAUCGCCUUCCACGGCAGCUAUGACUUCGGCUACCUCCUAAAGCUACUAACUUGCAAAGAGCUUCCUGAUACCCGGGAAGGCUUUUUUCAGCUCAUGAAGAUCUACUUCCCGACUCUGUAUGACAUUAAACAUCUUAUAAAGUUCUGCAACAAUCUUUAUGGGGGGCUCAGUAAGAUUGCGGAGAUGGUUGGUGUGCAGAGAGUUGGGAUCAGCCAUCAGGCGGGCUCUGACAGCCUCGUCACCUCCUGCACCUUCAGGAAGCUCAGUGACUCUUACUUUCCAAAUGGCUUAACUGAGAAGCAGGCUGGUGUGUUGAAUGGCCUUGGUGUAGAUAAUGCACAGAAACCUGUUACUAAAUAA